CAACUUCAGCCUCUCGGAAAAUCCAGGGAGGAGCAUGCUCAAAACCCGAACAACCAACUUUUUCUCACAAUCCAACAAGCCAAGGCAACCAAUCUCUUUUGCUCUCUUCUUUUUUCGUUCCUUGCAGAUCUACUAACUAAAGCAAAGCAAAGCAAAGCAACCAAGCAAAGAUGAACCGCCUUCGCCGCACCAAGACCGACACCAUUACCCAAGGGGACGCUCCUCCUGCCAUCAACAGACUGCGCCGUACCAAGACAGUCGACACGACCUCUCCCAUCUCACCCGCUGUCCCCAAGGGGGCCAAACCAACUCGUACCAAGAGCCACGAGUUGCGUCGCACCAAGACGGACGCGACGCCUCAUAUCAAGAGAAAGAAGGAACGCCGUCCUACGGACAUUCAAGCCUUCCAACAAGCCAAAACGGCCGAACGACGACAAUCUUCGGCACUGGCGGCGGGUGUCAUGGCCGGAGCGAUGCGAGAAAUGGAUCCUCAAUCGAUUAUUGACAUGCUCGAGGCAUAUGCCGGAGACGACGACGAUCGCGACAUGGCAUUUAGCUGUUUGGAAAAUUUGAAAAAAUCACCGCAUGACAUUGCCACGGCUGCCACCAAGUCGCCGGGAAAAUCGCCGCAUCGAGGAAGCAGGACCAAACGAGUUUCCAACAAGACCAAAUUGCGACAGAUUGACAAUCCUCCCCCCAGUCGACCAUUGGCCGAAACCAAAGGAGACUGGGGCAGUGUUUCCAUUACCGAUAUUUUGAACAAAAAAUAAAUAAAACACUCAAACACAACAAGAAACGGAGAGCCUACAAAGCAGAACGUAACUGAUACUAUUUUAUUAUAAUUUGCACGUUAUUACAUCCG